CUAAGCACUAUACACUAACAACAUGCCCUUUAAUCCAGGUAAGCCUGAAAUAUAAUAAUAACACUUUAUUGAUCCCUGUGGGGAAAUUCUCAUGACGAUCAGGCAUUUUGAACUUCCUUUGAUGCGACACUUUCUCUGCGUGGCUUUGAGCUGCAUGGCUCUUUCUGGAGGUUAAGGUGUUGGAGUACACUGCUGUUUCUGCUUGGCUCCAGUGAAUGAUUUCAGCAGCUACCACAUCAGGGCUGUACAGCAGACAUAACACACAGUAACUCUGAAAAUGGUGGCUCCAUACACACGGAUAAAUCCAGUAUAGAAGUUGGUUCUAAUUGGUCUGCUGAAGGUAAUAUUAAUGGAAGUAGUUACUUAAAACCUCAACAUUAGGGGCUUCCAUUACUCCAUUUUAGAUGUAAAUAACAAUAUUUCAAUCUGUAUGCAAAAGGAGGAGGUUAUUUUUUAUUUCCCAAUAUAGUAUUUGGAAUUAAAAAAGGACAAGUGUGUCAGACAUAUACGUUUAUUAUUCAGUGCCAUUUCGUGUUGCUUGAUAAUGUGUGGGGGACCCCAGGAUCUCAAGGAUUCCUCUUCCUGAUCCCUGCUUCUGUAGUCUGCUUUGGAUGGACCUGCUGUCUCCUGCUGACUGGGGCUCAUCUUCAGGGCGGCCCACCACCUGAAGAGCCUCAAGAGUGUGCCUCAACAUCCCUUCGGAGAAGCUCAGAUCAAGAGCUUAUGAGUAUUCCUCUGUCUAAUGUUGACCAGGAAACAUUCAAGCCACAUUUAAGCUGAAAUAUGCAAUUAUCUUAGCUGUAGGGUUAAAGUUAUGAGUCUGUUCUUCCUCAUGCUGAAACUACUUUUACUCACUGAACAGUGUGAGGAAAGCAGCCUAAGGGAGGGCAUGUAAGCUACCUGGGGCUAGUUAGCCAGUUAACAUUCCCUUGUUCACCGACAAGGGCGGAUCUAGAGAAAUUUUCUUAGGGUGGCAUGAGGGUGGCAUGGAAAUCAGUUGGGGUGGCAAAAUCAAAGCCGUUUCUUUAUACAUUUGCAGGUGUUACAUUCUCUAAUACUGCAUGUACCAUAUAUGGUUAAAAUACAUCAAAUCCAGGGAACUCACAGUCUCUCCUCCCUAGCACCUCAGCUUUGGAGUGUAUGUCUAUUCAUACUUCCUCUGCUGCUUACCUGUUUCACCUUCUUGCCCUGGCUCAGCUUGAUCUUCUUCUUCUUGCUCCUUCUCCUCUUUCGCCAUCCGCAACUACGUCUGCUUUUCCUCCCUGAUCCCUCCUCUUUGUGUGUAAGAAACUAGUGAUGUCAUCCUUUCUCUUCAUACCUCUCAGUAGUUUCUGAAAUCAUGCAAAUGCAGAUUUAACAUUCCUGUUAAUACUUACGAUUACCGCAUUUUGUUUUUGAUGAUAACCACAGGUUUCAGCCUAUACUAUAGCACAAAACAACACUAAAUCAUACACAUUGACUGAUAAUCUCCCUGCACUUCAUGUAGAAAAUGUUAAACCUCAUUUUCAUGAUUCCUUGGGCUAAUAACACUUAUCUUGAUGCUAUUGCCAGAGUGUAACAAUCAAACCGUCUGUGCUGAAAUCUGAAAUGCCCCCGGUGUUGAUUCCAAAUGUUCUCUGUCACCAAUCUUACGUGUGGUCAUAGGUUGCUAUUGGCAACAAGAAAAAAAUAGGGUGCGUUCAACUUCAUACAGCCACUUACAGCGCUGUCUUAAAGCAAUGCAUUCUGGUCCUGAUGCAAUGCAUCAUGGUUAGAUUUUUUUGUCUGGCACUGCAAAACGUCACCACAUGUCACCAUGUCACAUGGUACAAAAACCUCGCGAGAGCAAGAUGACUUAAGACAGAUUGUGCAGCCAGCACGCAAAGGGUACUGACAGUGCUGCACGAUCUGUCUUAAGUCAUUCUGUUCCAAGAAUGCGUACCCAUGCGCACUCGGAAAGUCGACAUGUUGCUGCUUGAUAGGUCUCAUGUCGUAAAGGACUGUCUUACACUUUAUGGCACAGUCGGAUCUGCGUUUUCUGUUACUGUGAAUUACUGCGUUCAAAGCCAGCGAAGCCUGGGACAUAUGUGAGCUAAUUGGAGUUGCUAAAUUGCCCGUAGGAGUGCAUGUGUGAGUGAAUGGUGUGUGAGUGUGCCCUGCGACGGGCUGGCCCCCCAUCCUGGGUAGAUCCUUGCCUCGUGCCCAUUGCUUCCAGGAUAGGCUCCGGACCCCCCGCGACCCAGUAGGAUAAGCGUUUUGGAAAAUGGAUGGAUGGAUGGAUAUAUAUAUAUAUAUAUAUAUAUACACACACACACAUAUAUAUGCACAGUGUACAUAUAUGUGAGUGUGUGUGUAUAUAUAGAAAAUGUAUAUAUAUAUAGAAAAUGUACAUAGAUAGAUAGAUAGAUAGAUAGAUAGAUAGAUAGAUAGAUAGAUAGAUUUAAUAAAAAAUGGAUUUAAGAAAUAAAAAAGGAUACUCAAAUCAGGUCAUUUAGAAAAGGUAAAUAGUUUAAAAACAAAUAAUACAAAGAAAGAACUUAAACUAAAUAAGCACAAUGCUUGUGUCCAUAUAAAAAAUUAUAUAUUUUUUUUACAGUUUAAAUGGUGAUGCUACAAAUAUAAACAUACAAUAAAAAGGUAUUUGAAUUUGAAUCAUAUCAUGACAUAUAUCAAUAUUGGCUGAUAAAAAAAUAUCAAGAGAUUUUUCCCAUAUCGCCCAGUCCUACAUGUAACACGUGCUUGCAUAUUAUUGUUUAAACUGGAGAGGCUUAAGACCUCUACAUAAGCAGAUGCAGUUUGGUUAUAAUUUUGCAUAUUACAGAUGGCAAAUUGCAGUCUAUGGAGGAAUCUAUGGCUUUAGUCGUCUUAUUGUUUACCUUAAUGAUGCAAGGAAUAACGAAGCCUAAACGGUGAUGAUCAUGAAGCAUCAUCUACGGGGAGCCCUCAUGAGAAAGGUCUGACUUGGUCAAAGAAAAUAUUGAAGUUGCACGCUUCAUGGUGUCGACCAGAGGCCUGAACAGGAAUUCCCAUCUUACUGGCAGCAGCACACACAGCCAGAGGCAAUACAACUUUGAAAAAAAUAAUAAAGAGACUGUGGAGAUCUCUUUGGAGGAGUGCUGGACCUUUUCUAUACAAUGUUCUGCAACCUGGACAGGACAGACUAGCUCAACUCAGAGGAAGAGAUCUACAUGUAUGCACUGCACUGGAGCUUUCAUCCUCAUGUCUAGAAGCUGGAAUGGAAUGGAUGGAUGGCUGGAACCAUCAUCGAUUGUGCACAGAAGGAAAUCAGUCAACAUAUCAUUUAUGGACGCAAAAUUAACAUGAAGGAAGUGAAGACCUUCUCUAGCAAUGAAGAAAUGCACUGGACAAGAGAAACCUACUGCUCCAACCUCCACCAGCUGAUGCAGCACCUGACAGCAAGGAGGCUGGGGUUUGACGCGCCGUAUAGCGCGGAGGCAGCGUUCCAGCCCUCCGUCCUGUCGGACGCGAAACAGCCUCCCGCAACCGUGUCCACCAAACGGCGAAAGAGGAAAAAGAAGCCGGCGAACGUCCAGACGCUCACCUUGGGAGCAUGCACGCUCGUUCCUGCUUUCCUCCCAGCGGGUGAGCUGGAAGACUCCCCGGCUUUCCUGAACGUCACCCCCAUCGCUGCCAAGCUGCCCACGCAGGCAGCUUUCCCUGCAAGGGGAGAGCACCCAGCCGCUGCCGACCUGCCACCGCCCCUAAAGCGGUCCCGUUUCCCUCGUCCCAUCCAUCGCCUCCUCCUGGGCGCGCCCGGUGAAGCGAGCCUUUGGGGGGGGGGCUCUGUCAUGCCUGGCGCAUCCGCUCCUCGUGUGUGCCACGCCCCCUGAUUACCCACCUGUACCUCCCUGAUCGUCUCCAGCUUUGUCCGCUUACUUUGAUUAGUCUCUGUGUAUUUAAGUCCUGGUCUGACUCGUUUCCCCUGUCCGUCAUUGUAGUUUGUUGUGCUUAUGGUGUGGUGUAGCGUCUCCUGCCCCCAUUUCAGUAAUAAACCCCAGUU